GCUUCGCAGUGGGCAAACGCUGUACUAAUCACAGAACCAACAGAAGCCGGAGAGUGGUGUGCAGAUUUUGGCAACUAUUCCCAGUUAUAUACUGAUACAUUUAUUGGAAAUAAGAUUUUAUAUCACUAGGAAUCUUCUAAGGGAAUUCCUUUACAGCCCACAAAAUGUCAUGUGACAGGCAAGUUGCAAGGUUAGAAAGAAAAAUAUGUUCUCUUGCAACAAGCAUUCCAAGAAUUGUACUGCAGUGAGUUGAAGAAAUAUUUCCUGCUGUGAGAAAGCAUGAAUUAUACAACUUCAGAGAAAUAUGUACUGAAUUCAUGUGGUGAGACAUACCCAAUAUCUGAUGAUGCAGAUCAGGCCAUGAAUAUAAAAGCUGAGGAAGUUUCAGACACAGAAAAAGAAGAGGAACUUGUCCCAAUAACAUUUGUGGAAAUAAAGGCUGAACCUGAGAGCACUUUGAAUGAACUUGAACCUGUACUUGGUGAUGAGCAGCAAUAUUCUCAUGAUGAGUGUGAUAAAUCAUUCAAUGACAGGGGUAAUCCGAAGAGGCAUCCAAGCGUGCAUAGUGGAGAGCAGCGAUUUUGUUGUGAUGUGUGUGGUAAGUUAUUCAAUCAGCACAGAACUCUAAAGGAACAUAAACACGUACACAGCGUGGAACGGCCAUUUAGCUGUGAUGUUUGCAAUAAGUCAUUCAGUGUUCAGAGUUAUCUGAAGAGACAUCAACGCGUACAUAGUAGGGAGCAGCCAUUUUGCUGUCAUGUGUGUAAUAUGUUAUUCAGUCAUCAGAAUAGUCUCAAGAGACAUCAACGUGUACAUAGUGGGGAGCAGCCAUUUAGUUGUGAUGUGUGCAGCAAGUCAUUCCGUGUUCAGUGUAAUCUGAAGAGACAUCAACGCACACAUAGUGGAGAGCAGCCAUUUUGCUGUUAUGUGUGCAAUAUGUCAUUCAGUCAUCAGAAUAGUCUCAAGCGACAUCACCGUGUACAUAGUGGGGAGCAGCCAUUUAGUUGUGAUGUGUGCAAUAUGUCAUUCAGUAUUCAGAGUAAUCUGAAGAGACAUCAACGCAUACAUAGUGGGGAGCAGCCAUUUUCCUGUGAGGUGUGCAAUACGACAUUCACUGCUUCGAGUAAUCUGAAGAGACAUCAACGCACACAUACUGGGGAGCAGCCAUUUUCCUGUGAGGUGUGUAAUAUGUCAUUCGGUCACCAGAAUAGUCUCAGGAGACAUCAACGCAUGCAUAGUCAGUCAUCACAGUCAUCUGAAGACACAUGAACUCACAUAGGGAUGCAUAUAGUACAUCUUAAGAGCUGUAGAGAUGGGUUUAAACUAAAGGGGCAGUAUGUGACUUGUAGCAAGCCACAGAGUUGCUUUUCAUAAGUCACACAGUUUUAUUCUCUGUAGGGUGCCACAAAAUACUGGAGUUGGUUACAGUUGCUAAGCUUUCUGACUGACAUGGGAAGUGAACUGAGUUCCAUGGCACAGAAAGUCAGUGCAUAUCAAUAUCUGUUUAAUAUUGAUUUUUGAAUGUGUAUCAGAUCCUGUAUAAAGAGUAAACAGACAUGACAUUUGCCUACAGUUGUGAAGUUUAGUUCAACUGUGGAAGCUAAUGAUUAGCAGAGUAGUUACUGAAACUGAUUGACAUCUUGUAAACUUAAUUCUGCAAAUAAAAUUGAAAGGAUUCUGAU